CGCCGACGUCGAUGAUGCUGCCGAACCCGAACAGCCUGCAGUAGAGGAUGAGGUCCUACCAUCUACAGCUGAUGUUGAGCCAGCCAAUAUCGAGGUUACUUCGCCCGAGGAGUCCGUCAAAUCUACCGUUGACGAUCUUGUGGAACCCAUCUCCGACUUAUCUCAGUCAGAUGUUGCUCGUGCAGAAGCUGUGUCGGCUGCAUCUACGGAGGAGAUUCUCUCGCAAGAAGCAGCAGAUCCAGAAGACAUGUCUGUUGUUGAUGAUGAACGUGCUGUGCUCCCGGAUACUGUCGCUCACGAUAGCACGCAUGUUCCGCUGACGAUAGAGCCAGAGGUCACCCAGGAACCCGGAUCUACCGAA